AUGGCACCACAAGACACAUUUAUCGAUGAGGAGGACGACACAUGUCCCCUCUGCAUCGAGGAGUUUGAUCUCUCAGAUAGAAACUUCAGACCAUGCCCAUGUGGCUAUCAGGUGUGCCAGUUUUGCUUCAACAACAUCAAGAUGAACAUGAAUGGCUUGUGCCCUGCUUGCCGGCGACCUUAUGAUGAGAAGACAAUCCAGUGGAAGGUCGUGACACAGGAAGAUACUAGAAUCGCCGAGUUCAGGGCCAACAUUCAGAAGAAUCAGAAGAAGAGAGCUGCCGAGCAGCGGCAAAAAGAAGUACAAAAACGGGAGGCUGAGAAGGAGAAUCGCAAGAACCUUGUUGGCGUCCGAGUCGUCCAGAAGAAUCUGGUCUACGUCACAGGACUGACACCGACUGUCCGGGAAGACGAGCUGCUCAAGACCCUGCGAAAGCAAGAGUUCUUCGGCCAGUACGGCAAUAUCCAAAAGAUUUCCAUCAGCAACCGGAAAAGCUCCGACGGCCAGAACCAGUCACUGGGAAUCUACGUCACCUUUGAGAAGAAAGAGGACGCAGCUCGCUGCAUCCAAGCAGUUAACGGCUCCCAGAACGGUGACAGGGUUCUGAGAGCACAGCUUGGCACCACCAAGUACUGUUCGGCAUGGCUCCGCCAUGAACAGUGCACCAACCGGCAAUGCAUGUUUCUCCAUGAGCUUGGGGAUGAGGAGGAUAGCUAUACUCGCCAAGACCUCUCUUCCAUGAACAGCAUCAAUACCCAGCGCCCCUUGCCAAGUGGCGCUUCUUCAUCCCGUUCUGCUUCGAGGCAACAGGUUCAUGGCCAACCACCUCAGCCAACUGCCCAGCCUAUGGCUCGUACCGGCAGCAAGGAUGGUUCCGAGAAUAGCGAUGGAUCUGCUUUGCCCUCAUCAGCUAAUUGGGCUCGCAAUCCUCAGGUUCGCAGCCGCCGGGGUAGCUAUGCCACAAGCGGCGCGGCCCCCAGUCCCGCCAUCUCGAAUGCUUUACCUGUCACGGCCGAGGCACCCCAAGAAGCCAUUGAAGAGGGCUCCCAGGACGAGAUACUCGCUCCCUUGACGGAGAGCCACUCGACCGGCGGCGAUUCGGCUGCUUCGACGCCGGCCGAGGCUCCAGGGCCAAAUCCUCAUCCUGAAGACGUUACUUUCCGCCGGCUCUUGAAGUCAUUGGAGGGCUGCUCUAUUUGCUUCCCGACCAUUGAUGGCGACCAAUCCGAUUAUCCACCCCUCUUCGAUGUCCGAGGUUGGGAAAAGCGACGACUCAUGCGAGAGGAUGACUCGACUCGGCUCGGCGAGGAUCACCAGCAACAAGUAGACGUGCGUGAGCCAUCUGAAGGCGAACCGGAGAGCAGCGGCAGCUUGGCUCUAGGCGGGGAGCCGGAGGAUCGAGAACAUGGGCGAGAUGUGCAUGGCUACGAUGCCCGAAGAGGAGCAACCCAACCACCCAUCCAACGAUCCGGCAACGACGGGCUCUUUGGGCCCACUCUCAGUUCUACUUUCGGCCAGUCUUCCUCCACCAUGGGUUCGAUCGGUAGCCGCACAUCGACGCCUCAGCAACAGGCGUUCAUCCGUCCCCAAGGGGCGUUCGCCGAUCAUCUUCCCCCCGGGAUAUCGACACCGUCGUCAACACUCUUCCAAGGCCAGGGACAUAGUCGGCAAGGAUCGCGGUUUAGCUUCGCAGCCCAGAACGAGAACCAGAACGUCUCGUCAUCGACGUCGGUCAAGCUGGCGGCGAAUCCGAGAAUCAUGGCACAGCAGUCAUCCAUGAUGCCUUCUUCGUUCCACUCCCAGCCGGGCAGCCAGUAUUAUGCUAGCUCGAUGCCGGGACCCCCUCCGGGGCUCAAGUCGACGGGCACCCCGCCAAACAUGUUUGGACAAGGCCACGGGUUUGGGGCUUCGGGAUUCGGUGGCGCGGCAAAGGAUUCAAACGAACUACUGCAGAGCCUCAUCCGCGGUCGCGGGACCGGCAGCCAGGCUCAUGAGGCUGGGAAGCGUGAGUACAUGUUUUCUUCAUUUCCUAAUCAGUACCCACCCUCCACCUCCUCCACCCCAGCUCCUGCUUCGGGCCUCCUGGCAUCGCUCUACGGUCCCCAGCCUGGAGCCUUCCAAGACUUUGGCUCAAAGCAGAAGAAGAAGGGGAAGAAGCACAGACACGCUAACACUUCCUCCUCGAGGGGGAGUGUCUUAGUAGAUCUUGCGGACCCGAGUAUCCUGCAGGCGAGGAUGCAGCACCAGCAGCAACAGAGCAAUGCCGCAGUCGGACAAGGGCUGUUUGGAGGCCAGUCGCAAGAAGACGAACUGCCUUCACUAGAUGAAGCUACCAGUAGUGUAGAUGCGCUUGUUUCAGAUGAACCGGCGCCUGACACAAGUCGCCGCCUCGGAGGUGGCUUCGAGGUGUUCCAUGCUCCUCCGGUGACACCGGCAAUCCCACCUGGUCUGGGGCUUCCACAUGGUCAUCCGUCCCCAGCUGUGUCGCACUCCCUCGCCCAAGGAACCCUCAUCGGUCGGCAAACCCCGCCCGCAGUCGCAGUACCAGUUACACCACUCAUACCUCCCUCCCGUCUCAUGAGCAGUCAGGGCGGGAAGGCCGUUACCCCUGCAAUGGGAUCGGAGGCGAAGAAGACCAUACAAGAUUUGGCUCUAGAGUCUGGCCUCUCGAAAGAUAUCGCUUCCCAAGCUUCAAAGUCCAAAUCGAACAAGCUCCUGGAAGACGAAGAUUUCCCUGCCCUCGAUACUCGGAAGCCCAGCGGGCCAUCACAGAGCACUACUGCGGCAGCGAAAUCGAAACCGACCUCGACCAAGGCUGCCACUGUUGCGGCUAAGAAGCCUGUCGAUAAAUUCGAGAACAAACCUAGCCGGGAAGCCGUUGCUGAGUCGUCGGUCGGUUCAGCUUACAAGCCAGAAUCGCGAGCCAAUCAGAAGAAACCGACGCCGGGGGUCUCGAACAUCGCGGUUCCUACCAAAACUUCACAGGCCAGGCUACCUGACUCGCAACUGACUGCAGACAAACCUACCGCCAAGGAUUCCGCGUUCCCCGCUUUGCCUACACCGACAAUGACUUCGGUCUCGUCCCCCAUCGCGCGGAACGCGCCCAAGACGCUUCGAGUUGUGCCCACACCGAAGAGCGAAGUCCCGCCCCCCACUUUUGCCGGAGCAACAGGGGGGGCAGUGUUUGGUGGACCUUCGUUGCGCUCCGCUGUCUCUAUGCGACCGGAAACACCUGCGAGCGAAUUAAUCUCUGAUAGCGCCUCGAUCAUAUCCGCGUCAAUUUCCGCGUCGCGGACGAGCUCACCGCCUCCAACCAAGGUGGGAACUGCGCCCGUUCGUUCGACAACCAAGAGCCAGCAGCGGAAAGCAAGAAAGGAGGCUCUAAAGAAAGACGCUGCGGUGAUUACCGUACAGCCCAAGCAGGAGGCCGAAGUGGAGCUCGGACCCAUUCUCGGCAGAAAGAAGAAGCAGAAAAAGGAAAUGACGGGUAGCUCAACUGCUACACCCGUAGAAAGUCGUUCUGGAACACCGGUGCCGGAUGCACCGCAACCGUCUCCUGUGGAGGAAUCGAAGCCGACGAAGGAGUUAAAGCCAACGAAGGAAUCUGCGAAGGACGCGAAGCCGACCCAGGACGCGAAGCCAGUCCGGGAGGAGUCGUCGACAUAUCGCUCAACAGCCCACGAGACGACAACCUUGACGGAAGAGAAGCCGCCGCAGAGAAAGAAGGCUGCGGAUAUCAAGGGCAAGGCCAGAGAAGCCGUGAGCUCGGAGCAAUCGCUGCCCAAUUCGACGAUGACCGCUACAGCGCCUGCGACACAGCCUCUGCCAAGUCCUGCGUCUACUCUGCUAGACCUCCAAAGUGCCGGUGUCCUCCCAAAGGUGGUCGACAAUCUCGCCUUCGCCAAGCCAGUGCCCGGCCUUAAUGAUAGGCAUAGACAUGACCACCCUCCAAGCAUUUCGGCGGCAGAUAUAGCGACGCCCAUACCCACGAAGUCCAUUGUCACGGAGGAGGAUCAAGCUGCGUUGUUGGCGGGCAAGCCGGUUCGAAAAGUGAUCGACGGCGUGCGGAUCCUGCUAACACCCAAUGGCGACUGUGUGCGAAACCUCAGCGAGGAGGAAGAGGAUACCUUUUUGGAACUCCAAGCGCGAGUAGCUGAAGCAGCGGCCAGCCCCGCAGCUUUCGUGUCAUCUCGCCACGAGCCCGCCGGUGGCUUCAGCCUCAUCAAGGGAAGGGCUGUCCCAAACGGGCCACCAGGAUAUUUCCCCCAGGCGCCAGGGGCCUACCCCUCGGACCCUGUAAGCAAGAUCCACCGAGAGGAGGCCAUCUACUACAUCAACCAGUACGUCCUGCCACGGCUGAAUCUGGGCACCAUCAACUUGGAAUUCCCCGGCUCGUGGAAGUCGACAUUCCCGGACGGGAAAGUCAACGUGGCCGCGACCGUGGCCAACCUCAACUCCUUCGCCCCGUGGAUAUACAGGAGCGGUCCCGGUGCGGACGACACCGCGCCUCCGGAACUGAGCUACCCGGCUCCGAUCGGAGGACUGUCCAACACGUCUACGCACCCAGGUCUCGCGUCCGUGCUGGAAAUCACCGCCAGCGGCGUGCUGGGUCCAAGCCCGGACGCCGUCUCCGCCCCACCUUCCCACAGCAACGCCGGUGUGGCCGGCAAGUCCGGCCCGACCAUGGCACCCAGUCCCUUCGGAAGCGUCCCGCUCAUGAGUCUUGAGGACGCAGAGCAAGGGCUGGCAGCGGCGCGCAAGGAGACGGAGAAGCUGGAGAAGAGCCUCAACCAGUUGAUUAAGAGGAACAGGCGGCUCUUCACCAUCAGCAGCGGCGGCGGGAGCCAUUGA